ACAUUUUUUUAGGACUCCGUUGAUGUAUUUUAGCAUAUAGCAUUACUAUUUUUUCUUUCUUUCUUUUUCUUUCGCGUAACUUUCUCUUUUCUUCUUCUUCUAUUUUUUUUUGUCUUGGAAAAUGCCUUAUAAUAAAGACUUUAUCAAGGUAGGGUGUUACAGCGCAUUCUGGGGUGAUUCUAAUGAAGCAGCAUUACAAUUGGUGGAAUCUCAAGGUGCGUCUCUUGAUUACCUUGUUGCUGACUACCUUGCUGAAAUCACCAUGGGUAUUUUUGCGGGAAAACGUUUACGACGACAAGGGAAACCUGGCGAUGACUAUGUUGGUUUAUUUUUGACUCACACUCUUCCGGAUAUUCUUCCUCAAAUUAUCAACAAUAAGACUAAAAUUGUGACCAAUGCGGGAGCUCUUGAUCCUUAUGGAUGCAAACGUGCAGUGGAACAGCUUAUUGAAGAUAUGCAAUUGACCAAACUCAAAGUGGCUGUGGUGGCAGGUGAUGAUUUACUGGGAAAUAACUCAACAACCUUACAAUCCUUUCCAGAAUUACAAUCUUUUUCUCCUCUCUCAUCGACACAACAUACUUUGGAAGCUGAUCGCCUACCUGGUCAAGAAGAUACGUUGUUGGCACUCAAUGCUUACCUAGGUGCUAAAGGAAUCGCAGCUGCUCUUGCUCAAGGAGCAGAUAUAGUGGUGACAGGACGUGUGGUAGAUUCCGCUCUUGUUGUUGGACCUCUUUUAUAUGAAUAUCAAUGGCAUCCUGAUACUCCUGGUUAUUAUGAUCUAUUGGCAUCUGCUUCUUUGGCUGGACAUAUCAUUGAAUGUGGAUGCCAUUCAACUGGUGGUAAUUUUACUGAUUGGAAACUCGUGACACAAACGGAAGGUGGUGGAUAUGCGAAUAUGGGAUACCCUAUUGUGGAAUUUGAUCAUCAUGGUGAAUUCGUCGUGACCAAACCUGAUGGAACCGGUGGUGUGGUGAAUCCUGGUACUGUAUCUGAACAAAUCCUCUAUGAGACUAUGGACCCUGCUCUCUAUAUCAUGCCUGAUGUCAUUGUGGAUCUUCGUCAAGUUAAAUUGAAUCAAUUAUCUCCUAAUCGUGUCCAUGUCUCUGGUGCUCGUGGUCUCAAGCCGACUCCUUGGGUAAAAUGUUGUGGUAUCUUUAUCGAUGGUUAUCAAGCCCAUGGUGAUGUCUUGAUUGCUGGUCAUGAAGCAAAACAAAAGGCUCUUACCAUUGGAAAUGCCAUUCGUCAACGAUGUAGUACUAUUUUCAAACGACGUCAACUAGAAGACUUUAGAGAUUUCAAGGUGGAAGCCGUUGGUGGUGAAUCUCUCUACGGACCUCAUGCCAGUAGCUAUGAAUCAAGGGAAAUUAUACUUCGUGUGAGUGCUCAUCAUGAUGACCCUGCAGCUUUGGCUAUCUUUGCAAGAGAAAUCAAUCCGAUGGUUACUUCUGGCGCACCGGCUAUGGGCUUUUAUGGUUUACCGGUAGUAUUACCUAACAUGGUCCAUUUCCCAGCCCUAUUUCCCAAGAAAAUGGUCAAGACAGUGGUGGUAGUUGGGAAGGAAAAAUUCGAUGUUGAAUGGGAACCUUGGGAUGAUACACGGUCUUUUGGACAAGUGACGACAACGGUACCAACGAUGCCAAUAUAUACUGGUCCCUUGACACACAUGGUUAAAACAAGACUGAUUGAUCUGGCUUAUGGACGUAGUGGUGAUAAGGGAGAUGUCAGCAAUAUUGGGAUCAUUGCAAGAGAUCCAAGAUAUGUUCCUUAUAUCAAGCGUGCUAUCACUGAACAAGCAGUAGCGAAUUACAUGCGUCAUCUCUGCAACGGUCAAGUCAAGCGAUAUGAAUUACCUGGAUUACAUGCGUUCAACUUUGUUUUAACAAAAGCACUAGGUGGUGGUGGAAUUAGUUCAUUGAUAGUUGAUCGUCAAGGAAAAACAUAUGCUCAAUUGGUACUCUCUGGUAUGUUUGUGGAUAUGCCAGUUGAUCUUGCCCCUACUUCUGGAUCAAAGCUCUGAAAACUGGUCUUGUCUUGUUUAGUUUUAGUAUUGUAUUACUUAUGUUUAUUUGGAAUUAUUGAAUAAAAAGAAGAUGUUAUGAUAUUGUAGAAAAUA